AUGUUUUAUCAUACCGAGCCGCCCCGAUAAAUAAACGUUGCAUCGCUGUUGGUGAACAGCAACGACUGCCUGAGUCUCUUUGGGUGACAGUCUGCAGCCGGGUAGAACCAUGAAUUUUUUGAAACUCCUCGGCUUCCUAGCCAUCUUGAUUCUCUGCCUCGGGACCUUUUCAGCUGAAAGUGCAGGUAAGCUAUGGACUCCACAGCUGGGCUUUAUUUUCACAAGGACUUAUUUGCCGGGUUGCGCCAAAAGUCUCUCCGACCCAGUGCUCUGUUGCCAUCAGGGCGGUAGUGCCGCGAGGUGGGCCGCACCAGCAAAUAAGUCUUGAACUUUAAAGGUGCAAAUUAUUUGAGGGUACGGCUUAUAGUCGGGCCAAUACGGCACUUGCUCAUUUUUAGAUGUCUGAUUAUUCACACAGGCCUUUCAAACCUGAGAUCCUUUGCCAAGCAGCUCUUACCAAUGCGUUAGCUGUCAUAAUGUGUGUUUUUUAGUCUGAAUGAUACUUUAUAUGAAAGUGCAAUUAAUAUUUAUAUUAAAUAUACUUAUAAAAUAUAUUUUAUAAUAUAUUCAGAUCAAAUAAAUAUUGGUUUAUUUUUAAAUAAAUGAAUAUCCUAUGCCCAAAUAGGCCAUUUCAGGUUGUAGCAUGGGGAACAGGGUGGAACUUACGACAAGAUUCAAACAUCUGCUCCAUUAUUUGUUCAUGGUUGGCAUAAAAUUAUUAGCCUGCUUGUAUUUUUUUUGUUCCAUAUGCUUUCUUUUUAUAUUAUAUUGAUUCUGUGAUUGAUAUCUGCAAUUGUUUAUGUCAGGGGUUCCCAAAAACAGUGGUAUACAGACCACCAAUGGUCCACGAGUUUCAUUCAGGUGGUCUGUGUUUCAUAUUAUAUUCUGAAUUGUACUUAAAAAAAUAAAAUAAAAUGUUAUCUUGCAAGUUGCUUUGGACACAAUCUUGUGGAGAAGCAGCACACCAGUGACUGAAAAGAGCAAAGAGAAGUAUAUCGGAACUUAUGGGGAUUAUUUUGUAUACCUCAUAACUAGUGAUAUGCGUGAAAAGAAUAACCAAAACAUGGGGAAUGGGGGAAUUGCCCUCAGACUGCCAAAGAUAAAGAACCAUUAUUUCACCAGUGAAUAUUCUGAAAAUUGUGGUUCCCAGGGUGGGUGACGAGCAUUUAAAAUACACUGAAAACAGCUUAAGAAACUUAAAAAAUAAUAAUUAGUUGUGUUAAAGAUGCAUUUCUGAUGGCAAUCUGAGUAAAAUCACGGAAAGCUACACAUCCUCUGUUUCUCCAGGCCACACUGCUGGGCUUCCUUCUGCAGUCUUCAGAAUAUGAGCCUAGAAUUUAACCUCUACAACACCUGUUUUUGUUUCGUUUCAUAAGUAGGAAUGGCAACAACAAAACGCUGCCAUGUCUCCUCACAACCUAAGAGGUGCCCUCAUUUCAGAGUGCCUGCCUGCCAGCCAACCACCGCCCAGUUUUCUUCGCAAGUGAAACUCAUAAUUCUGUGGCCUCAUUUGGCUAGCUUCAUGUGCCAGAGGCAACCCCUUAAAAAUAAAUAUUUGCUGUACUUCUAUAAGACUAAGUUUGCUCGCAGAGGGAGCGAAGUUUGUCACCAAUCUUUCAUCCUUAUCUUUCUUUACGUACAUUACAGAUUUUCAUUCUUGGCUGGUUAUUCAUAGUAAAACAACAACAACAAACCUAUGGUUACGUGAAACAUAAUAAACACACAAGACGUGACCGGCUGUACUUUUGAAUAAAUAAAGUAUACUAUUCAUUGUAUCAAACUGUAGAUUUCAACGUCUCAUAAAUUUCAAUGAAAAAGCAGGUGGAUCAGUUCAUUCUCUAGUCAGUUCAUGCAUAAGGUCUUACAUGUAUAAGUGUCUAUUCCACCUGUCUGUUCAUAGAGUCCAAUAAUCCACAUGAAGGGUUGUUACAGACUGUAACCAUUACUAUGCUAUAAGAUCCACUAUCCUGUAAUAUUACAUAUGAGCCUGUUCUCCUGAUGAAGCCUAGGAUGGCAAAAUAAGGCUAAUAUACAUGUAUGGGCCUUAUGCAUGAACUGACUAGAGAAUGAACUGAUCCACUGGGUCUUCUGCUUUUUUCAUUGAAAUUUAUGAGAUCUUGAAAUCUACAAUUUGAUACAAUGAAUAGUAUACUUUAUUUAUUCAAAAGCACAGCCGGUUACGUCUUGUGUAUUUAUUGGUUAUUCAUAGUGGCUCAAUCCCUCUGCCUCUUGGCUCUUUGCAUCUAGCAUGCUUUGUGCCCAACUCUCUCUCUCUCCCUUUUAAAGUGGAUUUGUUGCACUAGGGUGCUAGAGCACACCAAUUUUCAGGAGGGAUUCAAGCACAUACUGUGCAUUUAGGUUUGUGCAAUCUGAGUGCACUAAAAUGCUCCAUCACCCGAGUGCAACAAAUCUACUUUUUUAAAAAAAUGAUGAGACGUAUUGCAGUUAGGAAAGUGAUGGGAAAAUGCAUGGUUAAGUGUGGGAUGAAUGAAUAACAGGAAGAUGCAUAAGCAUCCGUUAAGCAAAUGCAGGAUGAAUGCUUAUUGUCAUAUAACCACCCUGCAAGCAAGUCUGAACAAAUGCUCAAUAAGGAAUGGAUAUAAUCUAACCUCUGUGUAAGCAAAUCAGGAUAAAUGCUGACUAAAUAAGCCAAAGCCCUUCCUAUCUUGUUCAUAACUGACAUAACUCUCUAGAUAGAUGAGAGAGAGAGAGAGAGAGAGAGAGAGAGAGAGAGAGAGAGAAGUAACUAACAAAACAGACAUUUCUUUCUUGCUUGCUUUCUUUUGAUACUUUAUUGAAAUUCGUAGAUAUCAUAAACAAUAUUAGGUAAAGAAAAAAGAAAACAAUCUUGUACAAACAAUCUUAUGUAAAUUUACAGAAAUAAAUUGGUUCAAACUUAUAUAAUCUCUUUUGUCCUUACUUCUUACAAAGAUAUAAUAGACUUCCCAUCAUUUCCCGAUGUAUUUUACCUUUCUAAUGUCAAAUGUACUUAUCAUUAUUACCUUAAUCUUUUUAUAUUUUCUUAUACUUUCUUACAACAGUCAUACCAGUUUUUCUUAUUUCUUGUUUGUUAAUUUACACAGGGGUCAUUCAAAUGCUGCCAUAGAUAUUAUACCACUAUUAUGUUUUUGUAAAUAUCUCUUAAACAUAUCCCAUUUUUGAAUAAAUGAUUGUUUUGUUUUACCUCUUAUUCUAUUAGUCAGCUGUGCCAUUUCUGCGUAUUCUAAUAAUUUAUUCUGCCAUUCCAAUAAAGAUGGUACUUUCCCCCCUUUCCAGUACAUUGCAAUCAGUAUUUGGGCUGCGGCUGUUGCAUAUAGAAAGAUUUCUUUUACAUUUUUUGGUAUAUCUUUACCUAACAUCCCAAGCAAGAAGGCUUCUGGUUUUUUAAAGAAUGUUAAUUUGAAGAUCUUUUUCAUCUCAUCAUAAAUGAGAUUCCAAAACUCUUUAAUUUUUCUGCAUGUCCACCACAUGUGAUACAUAUCUCCUUCAAAUUCCCCACACCGCCAGCAUUUAUUUGAGAUAUCUUUAUACAUCUUUGAGAGUUUUGAUGGAGUAAAAUACCUUCUCAAUUGCAUCUUCAUCAGAUUUUCUUUAAUGGUAUAACAUGCUGUGAAGUUCAUAUUUGCUUUCCGUAGAGUUUCCCACUCACUCAUCGGGAUACUGUGUCCUAUGUCCUGAGCCCAUUUUAUCACCACUGCCUUAACCACCUCCUCCUUGACUUCCCAGUCAAGGAGGAGUCACUACACCUUUGAAAUUAUCUUAGUAUUAUUGUUUAGUAAUUCUCUUUCGAAUUUAGAGGGCUCAGUGACAAAACCGUUUUUUUAAUCUUGCUUCAAUGCAGUGGCGUAGCGUGGGUUGUCAGCACCCGGGGCAAGGCAAGUAAUUUGCACCCCCUAACCCGUGGAUUUGCGCCCCCUAACCUGUGGAUUUGCACCCCCUAACCCCCAGAAGUUGCACCCGGUGCGGCCGGGCCCCCCUGCACCCCCCACGCUACGCCACUGCUUCAAUGUUUCGAAGAGUUGGUGGUACUGUAGCCAUCCCAAAAGUUGAUUUUUAAUUUCAUCAUAGUUCUUAAGCUUUAAUUGAUUACCAUCCUCUGUUAAUAAAGAGUUCUACGUCAACCAGCUUCCUUUCAUAUUUUUCUUCUUAACAGCCUUCACCUCUGGGGGAGAAAUCCAGUGUGGGGUUUUGGGUUCCAAAACAGACAUUUCAAAUUCUUACAGCAAAACACUUCAGCUUCCACCUUCAUCCAUUGCCCCUAUAAAAGUGCAUCUGUUCUUAAGGUGGCAAUUCUACAGCUGUGAGGAUGGGAGUGCUCAGAAGACCUUCAUUUGCCGAAGCUAAGCAAUGCUGGUUCUAUCCUCCAGGCUGAGGCCAUGCAAGGCUUAACAUGUCUGGCAUAUCCAUCCUGAAGUUCUCCCUUGUUGCUACAUUGUUGAAUUUCUGGGCCUCUCUGUAGCAGGCAGCUCUAUAGCCUGUAGGAUUCAUCAAUAAUUGCAUUCCAUCUUCAAAGUUCUAGAACUGCUCCCUUGGAAAUGGCAUCAUUCUUAUUAGAGCAACUGAUCAAGGCGGGAGCUGCAAAGUUUUGCUGUAAGAAUUUAAAAUUUCUGUUCUGUUAGUCACUGUAUAUGAUUUUAGUUAUUUACUGCACCCUACCAGGAUUCAGAACAAACUUGUCUGAAGUGCUGUUUGAUGCUUUCACAACUUAUUAUCUAUUAUCUAUCUAUCUAUCUAUCUAUCUACUGGUAUCUAUCUAUAUUUUCCCCUAAUAUUUAUCAGCAACAUUUUUUAAAAUCAUUCCCUAGGUCCUAAAAGUAGAAGAAUUUGCUGCCACAAAAUGAAGACUGCACAUCACAAGAGAAGUAUGCUUUUGUUAAUGAUGAACAAAGAUAUGGGCGUCCGCCGGGCAUUCCUUAAUGCAAACCACACCAAACGCCCACUGACAGAAACUAGAAUGAAACUAAAGGAACUUUUUUUUAAUUGUGAUAAUAAUUUUUUAUUGAUUUUCAAUUAUAAUCCAAUAAUAGCCUCAUUAUAACAAUACCAAUUUAUAAUACAAUUACCAAUAUCAAUCAUUUAACCAAAUUAUAUAAUUCAGGUAAGGUGCCCCCCCCACGUGCUAGAAUUGAUGAUUUGAUUAUUUUCCUUGUUUCUGUGUUCCAAAAUCUUACUGAUCUCAAUUACAUUCUGGUCAUAAUAAUAAUCCCUUGUAUAAUUGUAUAUGAAACUAAGGGAAAUGGAAGCAGUAGCCACUCACAACCCACUCGUUCAUGGAGCCAAGCCUCAUGCCAUUUGUUGCUUCCUAACUCAUAAAAUUUUCAGUAUGGAUGGCAUAGGAAAUACCAUCCCAAAACUGUGAUGGUAGCUAUAAAUUACUGCAAUUGCGUGACAUCAGGUUUUUCUGAUGUAAAGGUAAAGCUUAGGUCAAGGACUCCUGGACGGUUAGGUCCAGUCGAGUUCAACUAUGGGGUGCUGCACUCAUCUCACUUCAGGUGAGGGAGCUGGUGUUUGUCCACAGACAGUUUCCUAGUCAUGUGGCCAGCAUGACUAAACUGCUUCUGGCGCAACUGGACGAGUGCCAGAGCUCACAGAAAUGCCAUUUACCUUCCCGCCACAGCGGUACCUAUUUAUCUACUUGCACUGGUAUGCUUUCAAACUGCUAGGUUGGCAGGAGCUGGAACAGAGCAGAGCUCACUUUGGGUACUACUUUUUAAGGAGAAUGUCCAUACAGUGGUACCUUGGGUCACAGAUGCUUCAGGUUACAGAUGCUUCAGGUUACAGACUCCGCUAACCCAGAAAUAGUACCUCAGGUUAAGAACUUUGCUUCAGGAUGAGAACAGAAAUUGCACGGCGGCGGCAGUGGGAGGCCUCAUUAGCUAAAGUGGUACCUCAGGUUAAGAACAGUUUCAGGUUAAUAACAGACCUCCAGAACAAAUUAAGUUAUUAACCCAAGGUACAACUGUAUCUGUGGAACGCGGGUGGCGCUGUGGGUUAAACCACAGAGCCGAGGACUUGCCGAUCAGAAGGUCGGCAGUUCGAAUCCCCAUGACGGGGUGAGCUCCCAUUGCUCCGUCCCUGCUCCUGCCAACCUAGCAGUUCAAAAGCACAUCAAAGUGCAUGUGGAUAAAUAGGUACUGCUCUUGCGGGAAGGUAAAUGGCAUUUCUGUACGCUGCUCUGGUUUGCCAGAAGCAGCUUAGUCAUGCCGGCCACAUGACCUGGAAGCUGUACGCCAGCUCCCUCGGCCAAUAAAGAGUGAUAAGCGCUGCAACCCCAGAGUCGGCCACAACUGGACCUAAUGGUCAGGGGUCCCUUACCUUUACCUUACCACUGUAUCUAUAUGUCUAUAUGUCUAUAUAUCUAUAUAUCUAUAUAUCUAUAUAUCUAUAUAUCUAUAUAUCUAUAUAUCUAUAUAUCUAUAUAUCUAUAUCUAUAUAUCUAUAUCAUCUAUAUCUAUAUAAAAUCAGUUACUUUAUGAAAAGUCAUUGCCCUCAACAUUUCACAUCAUGGGAUUUAGACAAACAGGAAUAGGGAAGAACAAGAAAGACUGAAGAGAAGUUCUGGAAACAGGAGAAGAAAAUACUGAGGUUGCUCUGCAAGUUCUGGAAGGACUGUCAUACAGAAGAGGGGAAAUAAUUAUUCUCUGCUGCACAGGGCCAGAGCUAAAUUUAUAGCUUUUUUAAGUUAAGGGAGCGUGGCUUAAGCUAGAGCAUGAGGAGAAAUGUCUUAACAUGUAUGCUAAAUUCUUUCAGUUGAACAUUCUUCACCUCUUUGUCUUACAGAGAUUAAUACCAGAAGUGCCAAGCGACACAACUGUGUGCCUUGUCAGAGAUCCAGACAUCCAAACAUACCUCUUCCUGUUGGACCACUUCCUCUCAACUGAAGUGAAAGUUUCAGAAGAUUUGGGCACACACAUUUCAUAAACGCACAUGGCUUUGAGCUCGCCCUUCCCGCCUUCAUCCCCUCAUUAAACUUUCUCCAUCCAUUCACAGGG